AUGGCGAAUAUCUCGGAUCUGCUCGAGAAUCGAUUGAAUGAACAAUUCAAGUUGGACGGUACACCGUAUAGAGCAAUCGAGAACAUCGGUCGUGGAGCCUAUGGGGUCGUUUGCAAGGCUCAUGACACUGCUGAGAAUCGACACGUUGCAGUCAAAAAAAUCCCACGUGCAUUCACAGCGAUCACCCUUGCGAGGAGGACACUCAGAGAGGUCCGAAUACUUCGAGAUUUGGCUCACGAAAAUAUUGUGCCCGUCAUCGACAUGUUCACUUCACAAGGGCACAGAGGUAGAGACAUCUAUUUGGUGCUUGAUUUGAUGGAGGCCGAUCUUCAUGAAAUCAUUCAUGGUGGACAACCGCUCUGUGAACAGCAUCACUCGUAUUUUUUGUACCAGAUCCUUCGUGGACUCAAGUACUUGCACUCUGUCGGCAUUGUGCAUCGAGAUCUUAAACCGUCGAACAUUUUUGUGAAUAGCGAUUGUUUGCUGAAGAUUGGCGACUUUGGGAUGGCUCGAUCUGUUGAUCAGUUGCAGUUAAAUGGAAAUUAUAUGACCCAAUACGUCUCAACUCGAUGGUAUCGUGCCCCAGAGAUGCUUUUCUCUCUUCAAGAGUACAAUACGAAAGUUGACAUUUGGUCGGCUGGGUGCAUUCUGGGUGAGUUGAUCACUCGAAAACAGUUAUUCCCAGGCAAAGACAGCAAAUGCCAAGUGAAGCUGAUCGUUCACUAUCUCGGACAUCCACCAAGACAGGUACGAGAACGAAUCUCUUCCGAGGUGAUCAAGCGAUGGAUUGAUGAUUGCGGGAGACCAGAGGGAAUCCCAUGGGAGAGAAUCCUUGAUCCAUUCGGCCGACAACCGUCCUCUCCACAAGCCGUUGAUAUCUUUAAAAAAUUGUUAGCAGUGUCUCCUUGGGAUCGAUGUACAGCUGAGGAGGCUCUAGCUCAUCCCUACUUCUCGGCUUAUCAUGAUACGGCCACCGAACCCGUCGCUGAUCAAACGGUGUCAUUCGACGCGGAGGCAAUCGAGCGACUAAACGCUGAAGAGUUAGUGGAAGCUCUCGAACAAGAAGCUCACCACUUCGAGCUUCUUCGUGGACCCUACAAUACCCGCCAAAUCGAUGAUUUAACAGAAGAACUCGGACAACCCGGCUGUAUUGGGGAAGCUUCGGGAUCGAGAAUUCCGAUGAUGAGGACGAGAAUGAGAGGGAAGGAAGAGGGGUCCAGGGAAAAUGAAUGCAUGACACCGCUCGCUCCAAGUAGUUCAAGUAGCACAGAGAGCGGAAACACGAUUCGUUUAGGAGAUCAGCCGAAGCUUUCGAGCAUAUUUUCGAGAAAGGGGAAACCACCCGAAGAACAAGAGGAUUCGGUGGAAACCCCACGUAUGCCUCGGGGUUCACAAUCGGCACCGAUUGGGCGAAAGGCGCUGGGACCGGAUUUGGGAAGACAAUUGCUCAAGAGAGCUUUGGAGCAGAAAAUUCAAGAGAAAGAACAAAUGUUACGAGAUGCGCUUAAACUCGCAUACAGUCAACAAAAUAAGAGAAGGAGGAAAAGUUACGAGAAUGGACAGGAUGAGACCACGCCGCACUAUGACGAGAAUUUUCUGCACGGGAAAGAA